AUCAUUCGCAAAGUUACUAAGCAAUCGGUAAUGCUGGAUGUGGAUGAACCAGUUUCCCAGUUGCAUAAAUGUGCAUUCCAGUUUCAUGGGAGUGAUAGGAUGUACCUCUGCCUCUCAACAGAGAAAGUAAUCCAGUACCAGGCAUCUCCCUGUCCCAAAGAAAUAAAUCGAGAAUUACUGAAUGACAGUUCCUGUUGGACCAUCAUUGGGACAGAGGCUGUGGAAUAUUCAUUCAGCCUCAAUCCAACCAGCAUCAAGAAUCCAGUGGGCCCCGUCCCUCUUAUAACGACCUUGGAGCUGACAGGUGGAGGGGAUGUGGCAAUGCUGGAAGUCCAAGGCAACUAUUUCCAUGCAAACAUGAAAGUUUGGUUUGGAGAUGUGGAAGCAGAGACUAUGUACAGGAAUUCCAAGUCCUUAGUGUGUGUUGUUCCUGAUGUCUCUGCAUUCAGCCCUGAUUGGAGAUGGUUGCGAUACCCAAUUACUGUCCCUCUUCUGCUACUAAGGAAUGAUGGUCUGAUUUAUUCCAGUACAUUCAGCUUCACAUACACACCAGAACAGAGUUUUCUGUGUGGUCCACCACUCCUGCCAGAGAUGGUGCAGGAUUCUGACACCUUGCUCAAUUCCAUCCAUCAAGAAUUCACUAAGACAAAGUAUCACCUUUUCACGCAAAGUUAG